UUGCCAGACACGUCCACACUUAUUUAGCUUAUAUUAAUUGAAUUCAACCCUCGAAAAGCCACCAUGGGGAGUCGAUUGGGAGACCCAAUUCGGAUAGUGUCGAGCUGUAAUAUAACCCAUCGUCUUUAUAAGGGACUACACGGUCUCGACGCGCAGCUUCCAUUUCAUGCAUAGAAGCACUCCAUAUAUAGUUAUAUGCCUAGAGGAGAUUUUUACAAGAGUUGAUCAUCUUUAUCAAUUCAAUGGCUUCAUUCUAUGAGGAUCGCGGUGAUGCAGUGGACGACUUUGAUGAUUAUGAUCCACACCCCUAUAGUGGGGGUUAUGAUCAAGCUGUUAACUAUGGCAGACCCAGACCCCCUUCUGAAGAGACCUGCUAUCCUCCCUCCACUGCUGGUGACUAUGAUUCUCAUGACUUCUCCUAUGGAUCUGAAUCCAAUCCCUAUAGUGAGCAAGGAGAAUCCCACAUAGAUGAGGAUAGACCCACAUGGGGAUCUGGAUCACAGCCUUCCCACCAAUCAUCCGGGUAUGGAGGUGGAUCUGAUUAUGAGAGACCCACUAAGCCUAAGCCUAAGCCUAAGCCUGCAUAUGGUUAUGAGUCCAAUCAGUAUGGUGAAUCGGAUGAGUACAGUGGCUAUGGAAAGCCCAAUUUACCCAAGCCUCAGCCUGCUUAUGACUCUCAGCCAAAUGAGUAUGGUGAAUCUGAGGAAAGACCCCCCAGUUGGAACAGACCUACACCUCAAGAAUAUGGGGAGGAGAAGCCACCCAGUUGGAACAGGCCUCCACCUCAAGAAUAUGGGGAGGAGAAGCCACCCAGUUGGAACAGGCCUCCACCUCAAGAAUAUGGGGAGGAGAAGCCACCCAGUUGGAACAGGCCUUCUCCUCAGGAAUAUGGUGAGGAGAGGCCCCCAAGUUGGAACAGGCCUACACCUCAGGAGUAUGGUGAGGAGAGGCCUCCCAGUAGGAAUAGACCCAGUACUCAAGAGUAUGGGGAGGAGAAGCCCGAGGGAUGGAGGAGGCCUAGUUAUCAUAAGCAGGAAGAGGAAGAGGAUCAGCCUCCUAGAUUUGAGAGGCCAAGCUCUUACCAGCAGAGUGAAGAGGAGGAUCCAGAGCGUUACAGGAAGCCUCAGAGGCCUUCUUACUGCCAGCAAGAAGAGGAGGCUCCAACAUUCGAGAGACCCAGUUAUGGAGAAGAUAAGGGAGAGAAAUAUGGGCGUCCUCAAUAUGGUGAUGACUAUGAAGAAAGGAAGGAGCAGCAACAUCACCAUGGUCACCAUCAUCGCAAAUCUUACGAUGACGAGUGAUCUCGAUGCAGAAGCUUGACUUAACAAUGUUUAAGUUACGAGUAUACUGUUAUUGAGAACAUGACAAAUGAUUUGAGUGCAUAAGCUUUGCUUAGUGACCCAUAAAAACUUUGAAGGUAUUAAUAUGCAUAUUCUGACAUAGAACUUUAAGGGUGUUAUUAAUAAGCAUAUGGAGACUAUUUAAGAAGUUUAAAUAUGUAGUGUGGAGGAAAAUAUUUUGUAUGGCAUUACAGUAUUGAGCUUUUCUAUAUAUAACUUAAAUUAUGUGUU